UAACAAUAAUUACAAAUCUCAAUUUAGUUUUGAAAGAAAAAUGGAAACUGAUGAAUCCAUUAAAUGGGCUAUCGAUCUACUAACACCCGACGAGACGUAUAAAGAAAAUCUGAUCUCCAAAUAUUACCAUUACAUAACUUUGAUCCCAGCAUGUCUUGGUGGUACAGUAUAUAUGAAUUGGCUUCAAAACAGACCUUAUUUUGCAAGUAUACAUAGAUACGGAGUAGCAUUAAUAAUUGGAAUAGCUGCGGCAAAUAUAACAAAAAGAUACAAAACACACUCUGAAUCAAAAAGAGAUUCAAUUUUGCGUCAGUACAUCAAGCUUCAUCCAGAAGAUUUCCAACGCCCCGAACGAAAAACAUUCGGUGAAGUGUUUGACGAAUGGAUUCCUUGCCGAUAAAACUUUCAUAGUGAUUUAAAUAGACUAUUUUUAAAAGUUCAUAAAUAUAAAAAUGCCUAUAUUAUAAUGAAUACCAUAUUUAUAAUU